CUUAUCAAGACCUCAAGACCAGUUGCUCGUUAAAUCCAAAACAGAUAUUACCAAUGCUCUCCCCGGUGGAUCCUGCCACACUGUCAAUAUUUAGUAGCCCAUGGCCUACUUUAAUUACUCUAUUGAGCUAUCUGCUCUUCGUCCUGAAGGUGGGUCCAAGACUCAUGAAAAACCGGGAGCCCUUUGAUCUACGGCGCGUUAUAAAGGUCUACAAUAUAUUCCAAAUUAUUUACAAUAUUUGGAUGCUUGUACACUUUGUUAACUUUCUGUUCGUUUUGAAAGCUUAUGAUUUGGGAUGCAUGACAACUCUACCUCUGGACCACGAGCACAAGGACGCUGAGCGUUACUACAGUAACCUUUAUUUGAUUAACAAAUUCGUCGACUUGGUGGAAACGAUAUUCUUCGUCCUGCGCAAGAAAGACAGACAAAUAUCUGUCCUUCACCUCUUCCACCACGCCAGCAUGCCCCUUGUGGUUUUUCUCUUUACAACACUCCACGGAUAUGGGGGGGUCGCCACCGCCUACGCUUUGCUUAACAUUAUCGUCCACAUCCUGAUGUACACCUACUACUACCUAUCCACCGUAAGCAAGGCGGCGCAACAGAGCCUCUGGUGGAAGAAGUACAUUACAAUCGCCCAGAUGGUACAAUUCGGGAUAGUUCUAGCUCUUAACACCUACACUUUAUCGCAGCCCAACUGUAAGGUCCCGAGAUUUCAAGCCUAUAUUUGUGGAGUUUUGUCAUUGUCCCUUUUCGUAUUGUUUGGAAACUUUUAUGUCAGAGCUUACAUACUUUCCGACCGGAAGCGUCGGCAGUAGUUUUUUAAGUAUUUCAAAAAAUAAAUCACAUUAAAUAGAAUAUUUGGAUAAUUAAAUAAAAUUCAAUAACCCAA